AUGGUUCAAAUGAUAGGCAAAUAUGGUAAAAAUCUGAAGCCUCCAUCAUAUCAUGAAAUACGAGUAAAAUAUCUCAAUCUAGAAGUUGAGAGAACAAUGAAUCUGGUUGCUGAAUUUAAAGAAGAGUGGAAAAAGACAGGUUGUACAAUUAUGUCGGAUGGCUGGACCGACAGAAAGAGAAAAUCCAUUUGCAACUUUUCGGUGAACAGCUCGAAAGGUACUGUGUUUUUGGCAUCCGUUGAUACUUCUGAAAUUUCCAAAACAGCCGACAAGAUUUUUGAAAUGAUAGAUGAAAUUGUUGAGAUAGUAGGAGAGGACAAUGUUGUGCAGGUUGUGACCGACAAUGCGGCUAACUACAAGGCAGCGGGUGAACUUUUGAUGGAAAAGAGGAAAAAGUUAUUCUGGACACCAUGUGCCGCACAUUGCAUUGAUCUAAUUCUUGAAGAUUUCAAGAAAAAGAUGAAGAUGCACAAUGUAACUAUAGCAAAAGGUCGGAAAAUAUGCACAUGUAUUUAUUCGAGAACAGUACCACUCUCUUGGCUGAGGGAGUUCACUAAAGGAAGAGAGUUAGUUAGGCCAGCAAUCACAAGAUUUGCUACUGCAUAUUUGACAUUGGGAUGUCUACAUGAACUGAAAGGUGCACUGGUCAACAUGUUUAGUUCAAACAAGUGGAGCGGUAGCAAAUUUUCUGCUACAAGAGAAGGCAAGGAAGUUCAGCAAAUUGUAUUGGAUAGCCGUGGGGUUUGGCCUAAUGUUACCAUUUAUCUUAAGGAUGCGUUGCCACUUAUAAGAGUUCUUCGAUUGGUUGAUUCGGAUGAGAAGCCCGCUAUGCCUUUUAUUUAUGAUGAGAUGAGCUCUGCAAAACAAAAGAUAAAGCUAAAUUUUGGCAAUGUGAAGAAGAGGUAUAAGAAAAUAUUCGAGAUUAUUGAUGACAGAUGGGAAACACAGCUCCAUAGGCCUUUGCAUGCUGCUGCAUACUACCUAAAUCCACAUUGCCAUUACAGUGACAAUUUUAGGGCCGCGGAAGUGAAAUGUGGCCUUUACACAUGUCUCGAGAAAAUGGUUCCUAAUCUAGCUGAAAGAGUGAAGAUAGACUUAUAA